GUCUCAUCAUGGCGCAUACGCUUCCAAGGGAGCAAUCAAUCGGGCUGAUCAUCCACAGCUUCCGGGUUCCGAUCCCUCGUCUUCGCUAGCUAGCUUCGAUCUGCUGCUCGUUUGGCGAGUAUUUGGUCAAUCAAUGGCGUACGGCAAGAGGUCGAGGCAGCAGGCCGAGGAGAUGAUCUGGCUGCCCGAGGGCGCCGACGUCGCGCGCUUCCUGCUUCUCUUCUCGGGCCACCACCAGCACCACGCGUCGCCGGACCCGGCCUCGGCGCCGGAGCGGGUGUUCGAGUGCAAGACCUGCAACCGGCAGUUCCCGUCCUUCCAGGCGCUCGGCGGGCAUCGGGCCAGCCACAAGAAGCCCCGCCUGGCGGACGGCGUCGACGGCGCCGCGGCCGAGCCGCCCAAGCCCAAGGUGCACGGCUGCUCCAUCUGCGGGCUCGAGUUCGCCAUCGGCCAGGCGCUCGGCGGCCACAUGCGCCGCCACCGGGCCGCUGAUCAGGCGGACGGCGCCAACCCCGGCCUCGGGCUUGGCCUCAGCCUCGGCAGCGGGAUCGGGCCGAAAGAUGGCGGCAAGAAGGCCGCGCCUGCGGCCGAGCUUGCACUGGACCUGAACGCCGUGCCGGAGCUGGAGGAGGAGCCGGAUCGCGCCAAGCUGGGGCUCUCCGCCGUCGAAUUCCCCGUAGCAGUAGUUGACUUCUUACGUUAAGAACGUGGAAUAGAUUGAUCUUCUCGGUUACAUUUUUGAGUUACACGAUUUACCCAUUAAACCGCCCCAGAGGUCAACCUUUGAAACAUUAGAAAAGUCCAGGAUACAUGUUUUUUUUUCUCAGAAAUGUAUGAGGAUAUUCUAAUGUUCAAAGGGGAAGGCUCUCUCUAUACACUUAUACAGUAUGGUUUGACUUUCUGCAGAUUUUUUUUCAUAUAUUCAGGGCAUAUAUGUUAAUAUAUACACGUCUGUUUUCUCUCA